CGCUGGCGUAGGACGAGAUAGGAAUAGCGCUAUGCUCAUAGCGUUUCAGCAGAAAGAUCACUUCAAGCCAACGCGCAAGAUAGCAGCCUGUAAAUCUAUAGUGUAUGAGUACAAGACUGGCAAGCAAGUCAGAGAGUGCCCUGCCAGCAUAUAUUCAGCUCGAGCUGACUGUACUGAGACUCGCUUCGAAAUCUGCGAGGAGGAUGAGUGGCUCGCUGCCUGCCUGAUACCUCGCCCAGAGACUCCUCCUCUCCUAAGCCUGUCUUGGCGUGCAACUUCGUCCGAGCCGACCGUCCCAUCACGAUUGCUUCCCCCGCCUCCCGGUGAAGCCCGACAAGGCCGGCACGCUGCCAAGUUGGGCCGGUGAUGAACCCAGCUCAUCCCCCGACAGCCUGGCUCGACGUUCCAAGACUUGCCUGACUGACGCAGAUGUUGCCCGCCAAUCGCAUAGCGUGACCCCAUUCCGAGCAUACCAAAUCUUGCUUGUCCCACCAGACUGCGCGAGUCCACGAUUGUAGACCCAGCCCCGUCAAUGAUCGGCCGCCCAAUCAAUGGUCUGCCCGUGCGAGCGCCCGACAUGGACCAGUAUUCACGCCACCUGUGCCAUACAGCCUUCGGCCAGUUCCCCCAAGCCAACCUGUCAAGACAUGCACCAGAUGCAGCCCCGUCCAGGCAUGACCGCCUUCCUGCCUUGUAUCGCCCCAACACGAUAAAUGAUGACUUGCAGCCGCCUCUGUUCUCAUCUGCACCACGAAUUCGACGUCGGCUUCUCGCGAUGUACAUUCUUGGGAGGAAGCAGACAAACAGGCGGGCUUAUGUACCUUCAGUUUUGGUAGGCGCAAAGUUACAACGCCGG